AAAAAUUGAGUGUAAUUUUGUGACAUAGAAAGACUACAAAAAGAAUAAAGAAGAGGAAAAUAGCAUUCAAAAUCAGCGGUUUGGGCGCAUUCCCCAUGCUUCCUCUACCUUGCUAACUCCGCUUCCUUGCAUAUGAAACAGAGUAGUGGUUGCAUGUUCCUUUUUACAUGACAAGCAAAGCAAUCUCCAUUUUCCAUAUAAAUUAAUUUUCUAAUUCCCCUUCUUCAAUAACAACCCCAAAAUUCCCAAACUCUCUCUCUCCUACACUUUCUUCUUCUUCUUCUUCUUCUUCUUCUUCUUGUAGAUGGGUGCUGUUGGGAACCUUCACAGCAAAGCAAGCAGCAGCAGAGGAAGGCCUUAUGCUCUGAUGUUGCUGAUUGCAUUUGGGGUAGCCUUGCUUGGAGUGAUGCUCCUUCACAAGUUCAGAGAAAGGCGUAUAUGCAACCUUCUUCUCAAACGCACAGACCAAGACCUCCAUUCUUUUCAACUCCUCUUCCAGAGGGAAAGAGAUCGAAGCAAAGAAUUGGAGAAGAAAAACGAAGACAUGACAUCAUCGCUGUAUUUGCUCCAAACCCAGAAGAUGGAGCUUGAUAGGAGGCUACUAGAGUUGCAAUCCACCAUCGACUCACUCAGAGACGACCAGAAAAUCAUAAACGUUGCACUCCAAGAAAAGCAGAGUGAGAUCAAAGCGUUGAGACAGAAAGAAAUUGAAUCUGGAAAUGAAAAUCCUCAAGUGGUUGCUUUAACGCAAAGCCUCAAGCAAAAGGAAGAUGAGUUAGAGGACUUGAGACAUCGACUUGAGUCUCUUGGAACUGUGACUGCCGAUGAUCCAUCAGAUUCAGACCCACGUGUGGAUUCAACAAUGUCUGAAGAACCCAAGGUGCAAUUGCUUGAAUCGAGCGGUGGUAAAGGAGAAGAGACUGAAUCAAUGGAUAAUAACAGAGGUGACAGUAAAUCAACGAGCUUUCGUGAGGGAAGAACUUCAAGGAGUAAUGAGAUUGGAACUCAGAAGUUAGAGGAAACCCACGAAAGAAGGGAGAUGGAGGGAGAGGAAAGGCAGAAGCAAGAGAACUUGGGAGACGAAGGUGAAAAUGUCAAUGGGAGGCAAGCUGAUGGCGAGGAGACUAAAAUUACGAACGAUAAUAAGGAGAAAAAUGCUGAGGACUCUGAAGGAGUUGAAAAUGGGAGAGCUGAUAAGAUUCCAAGGAGUGGGAUGAAGAUGAAAACAGAAACAGGCAAAUAUGGGAAUACACGGAAGAUUAGAGGAAAAAGAUGGAGAUACAUCGCCAAAAGGAGGACGGUGGAUAAUGGAUGGAGACUGAUAUCGAAGAAAAUGAACAACAGAAAUUUGGAUGACGGUGCAGUCAUUAGCACAACCCAUAGGAAGUUCAUCGAGGGGGCGGUGGAGAAAAUGAAAGAGGAACACGCAGAGGAAGCGAAAAUGAAAGAGGAGCACGCAGAGGAAGUGAAACAAAGUCUGAUGGAAAAGGAAAACAAAAUGUUAAAACAAGAAAAUUUGAAUUCAGAAAACGGCAACACUUUGAGAGAGCAAAAUGGGAACGAGGACAUGGGAGAUGGUAGCAUUAAGCAAAACCCAGGUGAAGAGAUGGAGCAAAAAGAAUCGAAAAGCGAAGAAAAACAAGAACCAGAACAAGCUGCAAUGGAAUCCAACGAAGAGGGUAAAGAAGAAGAAGAAUACAAGGAAGAGGCUGAGUCAGAGUUUUAAAUUGAAUGCCCAACUGGAAAAUGUUUCAUCUUUCGAUUAUUUGAGUAGGCAAAUGGGUGUG